AUGGCACGUACCGAAACCACAGUCUCCAGGGAGCGCAUGACGGUGAUACGCCGCUACCCAUGGCCUGAAAACCUGAUCAACUGGUGGACCAUCGUCAUGCUCGCAACUGGCGGCUUGAUCACUGGUGUCUUUGGCGACUUUAUGAGUAUCCAGAACCGCAUGGGCUUGGGCAUUCCUUGGUUGUUUCCUUACGCCGUCACUGUCGGCUCCCUCACAAUCUUCUUCAUCGUCAUCAUGAUCAUCUUGCUCGCGCAGAAGAAGUUACAGCCAGCAUGGGUCAUACUGAUGACGUUUAUCCUCAUCGCGCUCUUCCUCGCCGGACUCAUCGAAACUGCGAUCCAAUUAUUCGGAAACGGCAAUGUAUCCUCCUACUGCAACCGCUACGUCAACAACAACGACAUCCGCGGCGUCUCCAUCGACACACUCGCCUGGCUUGAACAAAACUCCAUUUGUGCGCAAUGGGAUGCCGCUUUCGCUUUCUGGAUCAUCGGUCUGGUUUUCUUGGUCUGGAUGAUGAUUAUGGCUGCUCAGGUGAAUAACAAGCGUGGAUACUAUGAUUGA